AUCUCCUCUUCUGUGAACCGCAAGGCCUUGUGCUCCUCCCCAGCUUCCUGUAGGUCCCCCUCGGCCUCCCUCCCUCGGCCUUCCUCUUCUACUUCACUCACGGGAAGCCCAUACACGCCCCAUCUUAAAGAUGUUGCUGCCGCCGUUUUUUCUGCCCCUGCUGUGGGCAGGGUCCCUGGCUCAGCGUUCAAGAUACUGGCUGAAAGUGCCGGCGUCCCUGACAGUGCAGGAGGGCCUGUGUGUGCAUGUGCCCUGCAGCUUCUCCUACCCCAAACGCGAAUACACUGACGGUGACCCAACUUAUGGCUACUGGUUCCAGGAAGGGAGUGAUUACAGCCAGCAUGUUCUAGUGGCCACAAACAACCCAGAUCGAGAAGUGCAGGAGGAGACCCAGGGCCGAUUCCACCUCCUCGGGGGCCCCCGGGACUACAACUGCUCCCUGGGCAUCAGAGAUGCACAGAGAAGGGACUCGGGGACAUACUUCUUCAGGGUGGAGAGAGGGCCUUAUGUGAAAUAUAGUUACCUACAGAACCAGCUCUCCGUGCGUGUGACGGCCCUGACCCACACACCUGACAUCCUCAAGCCAGGGACCCUGGAGUCUGGCCGCCCCGGGAACCUGACCUGCUCUGUGCCCUGGGCCUGUGAGUGGGGCACGCCCCCCAUCUUCUCCUGGACGUCAGUGGCCCUCACCUCCCUGGGCCCCAGGACCCACCUCUCCUCGGUGCUCACCCUCACCCCACGGCCCCAGGACCAUGGCACCAACCUCACCUGUCAGGUGUACUUCCCUGCAGCUGGUGUGAUGGUGGAAAGGACCAUCCAACUCAAUGUCACCUGUGCCACACAGAACCCAACAACAGGUGUCUGCCUGGGACACAGACCAGGGAAACAGGGGAUCUGGUCAGGAGUGAUGCUAGGUGCCAUUGCGGGAGCUGGUAUCACCACACUGUUCGCUCUCUGCCUCUGCCUUAUCUUCUUUGGAGUGAAGAGCUGCAGGAAGAGAGCAUCCCGGAGAGCAGUGGGCGUGGACGGCAUCCACCCGAUAGUAAAGCCAGCUCCCUUGGAUUGCCAGCAGGAGUCCAAGUCAGACCUCCCUGCUGACCCCACAAGCUCUGCAGGGGUGCCCCCCACCUUGGAGAUGGAUCAAGAUCUGUAUUAUGCCUCCAUCAGCUUUCACAGGAUGAAGGAGGGCACCUAUGCAGAAUACUCAGAGAUCAGGACCCAAUGAGGAACCACCUGGAGCAUCAGUCUCAGAAGGAGCAUCCAUACCCUGCAGGAAGGGGGACCCAAAGGCUGAUUUUUGGAGAGUUAACAUCCCCAUAGGCAAUGGGUUUACAAACUCUUGAAUGUGAAUUUCCUGCUAUAUUGGAACUAAGGCUUUGCAAUCAGAGAGGCCUGGGGGGGGGAAUCCACGCUCUUUCAUUUAUCAACAGUAUGACAUCAGGCAAGCCACCUUACCCCUCCAUGACUCAGUUUCCUGCUUUGCGAAAUGAAUGUAAGAGGUCCCACCUCACAGGGUUGCCAUGAGGAGUAAAUAAAAGUGCAUAUAGAAAACACCCAGCAGAAGUCCUGCCGCACUGUGAGAGUUUGGUGCACACUAGUUCCUUCCCCCUUGAACAGAAAGGUGUUGGUGACAUUUCUUCUAGAGCCUGGGUGUGUUCUGUCUGGGACACCAAACCAACAAUGUGUCAGUCUCACUUUCAAAACCCUCCCAUGUUGUAAUCAUUUUGCAAUGCAUACAUAUAUCAGAUCAUUACAUUGUAUAACUUAAACUUACACAAUGUUAUGUGUCAAUUAUAUCUCAGUAAAGCUGGA